AUGGACGAACCAAUCGCAAUCCUCUGGGAGUUGUUACAAAACCCACGAGAUGUGAUCCAUGUCAAGAACAAUCAGUCCUACCUACUCUCGGAAGGCUGCCGCGUCUUCGACGCAGGCUUCUUCCGCAUCAAUAAUAAGGAGGCGCACGGGAUGGAUCCGCAGCAGCGCAUCCUUCUCGAGACCACUUAUGAGGCGCUAGAAGCUGCCGGGUGGCCUCUAGAGCAAAUCGAAGGAUCGUCAACGGCGGUCUACGUCGGCGCCAUGACAGCGGACUACAACGACUUGCAAAUGCGAGACCCGGAGAUUUUGCAUGCGUACGCGGCGACCGGGUUGGCGCGAAGCAUGCUUGCGAACAGGAUCAGCUACUUCUUUGACCUUCGAGGACCUUCCGUCACUAUCGACACAGCCUGUUCCAGCUCACUGGUCGCCUUGCACCACGCUGUCCAGGGCCUCCGAGCAGGCGAUGCAGAUUCGGCCAUCGUCGCUGGAACGGCAUUGCUGCUUGACCCCGGGACGUACAUAGCCGAAUCGAAACUGCAUAUGCUCUCGCCAGACGCACGCUCGCGCAUGUGGGACCACAAGGCAAACGGCCGGGCGCGAGGAGAGGGCUGCGCAGCUGUGCUUCUCAAGCCGUUGAUCCAGGCGCUGAGGGAUCACGACGAUAUCGAGUGCGUCAUACGUGAAACGUGCGUGGGGUCAGACGGUCGCACAAAUGGCAUCACAAUGCCGAGCGCAUCGGCGCAGAAACAUCUCAUUCAACAGACUUACAAGCGGGCUGGCCUGGACCUGGUGAGGGAUCGUUGCCAGUACUUUGAGUGCCACGGAACAGGCACUCUGGCCGGUGACCCUGUUGAAGCCCAGGCUAUCCAGGAGGCGUUCUUCUCGGGCGAUCUCAACGAUGGAGAUCGAAAUUCUCCGAUGUACUGCGGAUCGAUCAAAACUGUCAUCGGGCACCUGGAAGGAUGCGCCGGUCUCGCCGGUAUUCUCAAGGCCUCCUUGGCCAUCCAGAACGGUGUGGUUCCGCCGAAUAUGCACUUCGAAAAGAUACACCCGGCUGUCGAGCCUUAUUAUGACCACCUCUGUGUCCCAACUUCCUUGAUUCCGUGGCCGGCAACGCACGGGGAGGUACGGCGCGCCAGCGUCAACAGCUUCGGGUUUGGAGGAACGAACGCUCACGCCAUCCUCGAAAGCCCACCAGCAGACCUCCCAUCCAAGGAGAAUUCAAUCGACGAUACCGAGAAGCUGAUUUACCCAUUUGUGUUCUCGGCGAAGAGUCGGUCCUCUCUGGUCGCUUCUCUGCGUCGUAUGGCCACACACAUCAGCCAUAACCCGAAGCUAGAUCUCGACGCCCUGGGGUGGACGUUGCUUGACCGGCGGACAGCACACUCAUUGCGAAUUUCGAUCCAAGCUCCGGAUCGCAACAGUCUAAUCUGUGCCUUGGAAAAUCAGCUUCGUAUAGCCGAUGGUAACCCUGGCACAGCCUUUGGCAUCCGGGUGCCAACUGCCGACCCUGGACGGCGGCAAAAGCUGCUUGGGGUCUUUACUGGACAGGGUGCGCAAUGGGCAGCCAUGGGCCGUGAGCUCGUGGUGCACUGCCCCCUCUUCCGUGCCACAUUAGAACGGUGCGAGAGAGCCCUCGGGGCACUUCCGGAUGGACCUCCCUGGUCACUUAUGAGCGAGCUGGCUGCGGAGAGCGGAAACUCUCGCAUUUCACAAGCCGAGAUCUCUCAGCCACUCCUAACCGCCUUGCAAAUUGCUCUUGUCGACCUCUUGCAAGCCUCUGGUGUCGAUUUCGACGCUGUCGUGGGCCACUCUUCCGGUGAGAUUGGGGCGGCAUACGCAGUGGGCAUUCUCACUGCACGAGACGCAAUCGGUAUCGCAUAUUACCGGGGUCUGGUCGUCAAGGAGCUGAGUCUGGGUUCCAAAAACAAACAAGGAGCUAUGAUGGCCGUCGGGAUUUCUCUCCAGAACGCAGAGACAUUUUGCUCACAAUCCCAGUUCGCUGGUACGGUGACGGUGGCAGCCAGUAAUGCGCCUUCCACUGUCACUUUGUCUGGAGAUUUGGAUGCCAUCCACGAAGCAAAGGCGAUUUUCGAUGGUGAAGGGGUGUUUACCAGGCUGUUGAAAGUCGACACUGCCUACCAUUCACACCACAUGCUACCCUGCGAAGAAGCAUAUACCAGAUAUCUGGAGGCCAUGGACAUCAAACCACAAGCUCAACGCAAAGGCUCUGUCUGGCUCUCCAGUGUACAGGGUCAUGAGGGUCAUAAUGAACGCGAUUUUGAAACACUGAAGGCGCGUUACUGGGUGGAGAACAUGGUCAGGACGGUCAUGUUCUCACAGGUACUGCAGGCGACAGUUGCCAAAUGUGGUGCGUUUGCUGCAGCGAUAGAAGUGGGACCACAUCCUGCCUUGCAGAACCCAGUAGGCCAGACCCUGAAGGCCCUAGACAACAUGACGAUACCGUACCAAGGCUGCUUGCAGCGUGGGCAGAGUGACAUCGAAAGCCUGUCCUCAGCCCUGGGGAUGCUUUGGUGUCAUAUCGUGCCGUGCCCCGUCAACUUCGAAGGCUGGCGCAAUGCUUUCCACCGACGCGCUCGGCCAAGGGUAUUGAAGGGUCUCCCCUCAUACGCAUGGGAUCAUGACACAGCAUACUGGCACGAGUCUCGCAUCUCGAGCGAGCUUCGACUCGGGACUACACAUUCCCAUGAACUUCUUGGCCGGUUGAACCAGAACUCGGCGAGCGAGAUGACAUGGCGCAAUGUCUUCCGACAAGGCGACAUACCGUGGCUAUGCGGGCACAGAUUCCAGGGCGAAGUGGUGUUCCCGGGCGCUGGAUAUGUCAGCAUGGCAGUCCAGGCUGCUCAGCAGUUUGUCCGCGGCCGUUCUUUCAAGACACUAGAACUUCAUGACGUGAAUAUCGCCAAAGCUUUGGUCGUAGGCGAGGACGGCGCGACUGUCGAGACGAUUUUCACAGUCAGGAGUCGCCGCAACCCACUCGACGCGCCCAAUGAUUCAGUUCUUGAAGCCGACUUUGCGUGUCAAAGUUGUAUCGAUGGUCGCAAGUUGGACAAGAACUGCGAGGGACGCUUGCUCAUCCACCUGGGUGAGAGCAUGGCGGGCGAGCACCUGCAGUGGUCACCCUGCGAUGAUGAGCUGCCGCCCCUUGACGUCGAACGUUUUCACGCCGUGCUCGCUUCCCUUGGCAUCACAUACAGUGGCCCAUUCCGGGCUUUUAAAUCGAUCAAUCGCAUCUGGGGCGUUGCUCAAGCGACUGCAUCAUGGGAAGCGGGUGAGCUGGACCCGAAUUACUCUCUAAACCCCGCUGUACUCGACGUCGCAUUCCAGACAGCCUUUGCGACAUUUUCCUCUAUAGCCGACAAGUCCAUGGCGACCACAUUUCUCCCGGCUGGGCUCAGGCGUGCUGUCAUUGUCCCAAAUCAGCGAUUUGUGGGCGCUGCCGGUCACACGGAGGUCGGCAUCGACGCUCACCUUGUUCAUUGCAGCUCAAACGCGGCCGAUAUAGAUAUCAAUGUUUUCGACCCAACGCUCUCAACCGUUGGCAUUCAAAUUGAUGGCUUGAUGCUUCACGCCAUCUCGGAGCCUCAGGCUUCUGAUGACCGACUUAUAUUUGCCAAGACCAUGUGGGCCCCCGACGUUACCUGCGGGUUUCCUGGCCCGUCGCCGGCUCCAACGUCGUCGAAUGAGCUUCAACGCAUAGAGUGUGCGGAACGAACUGCUCUCUUCUUUUUGCACAAUCUGGAGAGGGAGAUCAGGCCGGAAGAGAUUGCACGGCUGAAGUGGCAUCACCAAGCUCUACUACGUGGUAUCAAGGUGCUCUUGGAUCCUGUUCGACAAGGGCGCCACGGCCUCCUUAAGAAGGAGUGGCUCGGGGAUAGCUGGGAUGACAUCCAGGAUAUCACACGACAUUUUCCCGACAGCGUUGAAAUCGCCUUGCUUAAGGCCGUGGGCGAAAAAUUGCCUUCUGUGUUGCGGGACGAGUCAGAAUUGCUUGAACACAUGCUUGAGGAUGAUCUGCUGGGCCGCCUUUACAGCGAGGGCCGGGGGUUCGCAGCGUGCAAUGAGUACGUCGCCAACUUCAUGCACACUAUCAGCCACAAGUAUCCGCGCCUGAACAUUUUGGAAAUCGGAGCUGGGACUGGUGGGACGACCUCCAAAGUGCUGGACACGAUUGGCGAUGCACACGCCACCUACACCUACACCGAUAUCUCCGCUGGCUUCUUUGAGAAGGCUGCCCUGAAGUUCGGUGAUCGGAACCGGAAUAUGACUUUCAAAACACUCAACAUCGAGUCAUCUCCCGCUGACCAGGGCUUCGCCCCAGCAUCUCUUGAAGAGGUCGAUCUGCGUCGUAUCGGGCCCGAAACCAACUUGCUUUCCCUAGUGGAACUCGACGGGGCAAUAUUUGCUACGCCUCUGAGCUCGGCAAAACUCGAGAUCUUGCAAGAGCUCCUUGGGAACGUAUCAAAGGUGUUGUGGGUUACAUGUGGCGGCCUCACCAACGACCCCUAUCAAAGCAUGAUGACCGGCAUUGGCCGUUCUCUGUCUCACGAGCUGCCGCAUGUGCAGAUGCAAUUCCUUGACUUUGAUGAACCUUCCUCGUGGGACAUGAAUACGGUGUCAAACUACUUUCUCCGGCUCAUCUUCCUCGCACUUCCUCAGUUCAAGGACCCCGAAUACAAGCACAUCUGGACACAAGAGCCAGAAAUAGAGCCCAGGACCAUUCGACCUCUCAUACCACUCAACACAACUGCCAUAUGGCGCUUCUCUCAUGUCGAGGGCAACAAUAUCUUGACAUUCCUCCCAAAGGGUUGCAUGAAUCGACGGUUCGAGCCUGACAUGAUCACUGGAGACAGCGAGGACAUCGCUUCUGCACUCGAAUUGACCCGGUCUGCCAGCUUCGAUUUUGUGCCAUCAAUUACCAGCAUCUAUGACCUUUGUUCCAUUGAUAUGGAGGAGGAUCGUCUCACCAAUGUAAUACAAUGGCACCGAGAAAGGCCCUUGAGCGUCAUUAUUCCGCCCACUGACGGCAUGAAUAUCUUUCAGCCGGACCGGACAUACCUUUUGGUUGGAAUGACGGGCGAGUUGGGCCAGUCACUCUCCAGGUUCAUGGUCUCAAGAGGUGCUCGACAUAUCGUGCUCGCCAGUCGGAAUCCCCAGACCGGUCAAAAAUGGAUUGGCAAUCUGCGCAAGUCGGGCGUUGAUAUCUGCACAGUCAGAAUGGACGUUACUGACCCGCAACAAGUCCACAAUACAGUCACUACAAUACGAAAGACCAUGCCAAAGGUUGCCGGGGUAGCAAAUGCUGCGUUUGUGCUAGAGGACUCACUCUUCGUGAACGCAACUAUUGAGAGCGUUGAAAGGCAGCUAGGUGCCAAAGUUGAUGGCACCAUUCACCUUGACAAAGAGUUUGCACAGGAUCCCCUAGACUUUUUCGUCCUGUUUUCUUCGUUGGGUACUGUGUAUGGCAAUCCAGGUCAGGCCGUCUAUCACGCCACCAACAUGUUCAUGACCACAUUCGCGGCAAGGCGCCAGGCCAGAGGCCAAGCAGCAUCUGUAAUCAACAUCGGGAUGAUAUCGGACGUCGGAUACGUCGCGAAAAGUGAGCGAGCCAACACACACAUCGAACGACACUUGCGAUCACGGUUCUACACACCGCUGUCUGAAAGUGAAUUCCACAACAUGUUCGUCCAGGCUAUCCAACGCGGACGCACGGGUUCGUUGGAUGAGCAACUGACCAUGGGGAUUGAACAAUUCGUUGAUGACCCAGACGCUAAAGAGAGACCUCCGUGGUACAGCAACCCGCGGUUCUCACACAUGGUGAUUCCGCCAGCUCCUCGUGGUGGGGCAGCGCCGCAGUCGGGCACAUCACAGAGUUGGCGUCAGCGGCUCGAACAGGCUGAUUCUGAGAUCGAAGCUGCCGAUGCAUUCCAAAACCUGUUCUGCAAGAAAUUGGAAUCGAUGACACAAACACCGGCGGCUUCCAUUGAUGUGGCGAGUCCCCUGUCCGAUUUGGGACUCGACUCGCUUCUGGCCGUCGAAAUUAGGACUUGGCUUCUUGCUGAGGUCGGUGUGGAAGCUCCUCUGCUGGGGAUUCUAGGUGGCGAAUCUAUACUGUCCAUCACGCCGAAGGUUGUGCAGAGGUACGCCAGGGAAGGUGUGGAAGUGCUUGAGACAGGUUCCCUGAGAGAACCCAGUCCUUCUGCAGCGCCUGUUGAGGAAAGUCAGCCGGAUGCUAAUGAGCUCUACUCGGAGGUUUGGCAAAGCCAGAUCAAAGCCUCUGGCGACGAGAUUUCUCCCAAGGACGAAGCAUUGUACUACAGCAAGAGUAACAUAGACAGUGUUCCUACGCCCUCAGAGACAACCUCGCCCUCGGAACGCUCUGUGUCGACAAGCAUGACGACCGAGGCCCCAACGAUCCGAUCCCAGGAGGAAUCUCUACUGCCUAGUCUGAGGGACCUUGAUUACGGUUCAGCAAGGCAAGGAUCCGGGGUAUACACGGACACAGCCCGGGCGUCAUUCGCACAAAUCGGUCUUCAUUUUCUCGACACCUUCCUGGACACUUCUACCACGUUUAACGUCACGGCACAGUACGCCAUUGAAGGGCCUCUCAAUGUCGGUAGAUUUUCGAGGGCGCUAGACAAGACACUCAGCCAGCACGAUGCUUACAGAACCUGCUUCUUUACCGAGCCAGGAACCGCCGAGUUGCGGCAAGGGCUCCUGCCAAGCGUCAACGGCGCCGUCUUCACACACCUAAACUCCACAAACAGAGACCUUGUGCAAGACAUUUUUGGCGAGCUUUCAGAAUACCAAUGGGACUUGGAGAAUGGGCACACAUUCCGCGCCAUUAUAGUAACGCACACUCCGGAAUCACACAGCUUGCUUGUCGGCUGCCACCACAUCAUAAUGGACGGCGUCAGCUGGCACAUUCUGCUUCGGGACUUGGACCGCGCAUACCGGAUGUCGCCUCUGGACAAACCUCCCAGCUCAUACCUGGACUUUUCUCGCGAGCAAGUUGAGGCACUCCAGGGUGGCUCGUGGGAGGAAUCUACGACAUAUUGGCAGCAGCAGCUGGAUCCUCUUCCCGGCGUCCUCCCGCUGCUGCCGCUUGCACGGCAACGACACAGACUGCCCCAGCGAGCAUACAAGAGCCACAUUGUCCAGCGCGAACUAAGUCCUAGUGUUGCUGAGGGUAUCAAACUUGCCGGUCGGUCAUGCCGAGCAACACCUAUGCACUUCUACCUCGCCGUGAUCCAGACCGUCUUCGCAAACAUGCUGGAGCUGACGGACAUGUGUAUCGGCAUCGCACAUACCGGGAGACCGGAAAGGCAUCAAUCGGACACCAUCGGGCACUUCACCAAUCUGCUACCCAUGCGCUUCCGAAUCGACCGAGAGGCUUCCUUCGCCGAGCUGUUGUCGGCCACGUCGGGGGUGGUGUUGGACGGUCUAUCGCACGCAGAUGUACCCUUUGACCAUAUCCUGGAGCGCUUGGGCAUGCACCGCUCUGUGUCUCACACGCCUUUGUUUCAGGUCGCUUUCAACUAUCGCGUUGGCGACUUGCUGCAGCGCGACCUUGGGAAUUGUUCUCUGACACUGGCUCGCUACAAUGAUGCCAAAGUGACCUAUGACGUGACUUUCACAGUGACCCAGACCUCAGACGGCGGGCAGCUGCUAGAAGUCGGCUGUAAUGCCUACCUCUAUUCUCAGGCGGCGACUGAGAGUAUCGCGGGGGCCUAUGUUGACCUGCUUCAGUCUUUGGCAGCGGACCAGUCGCGGAAGCUCAAGAACUGUCUGCCACGUCAAGAUGUGUUGGCAGAGCGAGAAUGUCCACCUGGAGUUAAUACGCACGUUCAAGAUCCCUGGCCGGAAACUCUGACGGGGAGGUUUCAACAAGUUUGCGCCUCCUUCCCCGGCUCCGUCGCCCUCUCGGACGCAAGUAGUUCGCUCACAUACCACCAACUGGCUUGUCGAGUCGGGCAAAUAGCUGCGGCCUUGGUCUGCGAGACCGGCGUCAAGCGCGGUGCGCGAGUGGCUGUUCUAUGUGAGCCCAGCGUCGAUAUGUACGCGGCCCUCCUCGGAGUCCUACACGUUGGAGGUAUCUACUUUCCCCUCGACCCUAGUCUUCCCAUGGCACGGAUUCACUCAAUGACAGAUGCCUGCUCUCCUUCUCUGCUGCUGUUCCACGGUUCCACAGCUGAGCGUGCAAGGCAAAUUGGGAACCAUAUUCCCACGCUUGACGUAUCUUUCUUGCAAGAGUCUAGAUCCAGCCAUGAAAUCCCCCAGCCAGUGGCCGAGGACGAGGCCUUCCUGCUAUUCACGAGCGGAUCCACGGGCGUGCCCAAGGGAAUCCGGCUGACACAGAGCGGAAUGAUGAACUACGCGGCGGGCAAGAAGAACGCCCUGGCGCUAGGGCCGGGCCUCAAGGUGCUCCAGCAGAGCUCUGCGGGGUUCGACAUGUCGAUUGCCCAGGUGGUGAACGCCUUUGCCAACGGAGGGACGCUCGUUGUCGCCCCGGCGCGCUGCCGCGGCGACCCCGUGGCCAUCGCGAACCUGAUGGCGCGGGAGCAUGUGAGCUUCACCGUCUGCACGCCGUCUGAGUAUUUGCUGCUUGCGACUCACGCGGCGGAUGCACUCCAGAGAUGUGCCGCGUGGAGGCAUGCGUGUUCAGGUGGUGAGGUUCUGACUGAUGGGGUCAUCAGUGCUUUCCAAAGGCUGGGCCUUGCGAGUCUGACACUGACAGAUUGUUACGGCCCUUCUGAGGUCUCGUGCGCCGUAACUCUCCGAUCUGAGUUGGUCUCGAAACCCAUUCAGGAGGCCUCGGUCGGCAGGCCUAUCUCUAACACGGCCGUAUAUAUCCUGGAUGAACACGGACAGGCAUUGCCGGCUGGGUACCCCGGUGAAAUCUGCGUCGGUGGCCGUGGUGUUGCGAGAGGUUACCUUGACGAAGAACAAAGCGCGGCCAAGUUUCUUCGCGAUCCUUUCGUUGCAGCCGACACCGUUGACCGAGGAUUCGGUGUUAUGUACAGGACAGGUGACAAGGGCUGUCUGCGUCAAGAUGGGUCUCUUGUGUUUCUGGGCCGUGUCUCCGGAGACACGAUGGUCAAGCUUCGCGGCUUCCGCGUCGAGCUUGACGAGGUGGCCGUUGCACUUCUUCAAGCUGCACGAGGCGGGCUUUCUGAUGCUGUGGUCGGUGUCCGGGGUAACCCGCAGUUCCUCGUCGCAUACGUUGUCAAGUCACGGGAUCACGAUCUGAAGCAGUUCGAACUCGAUAGACUGUGUGCCGAUCUUCCAUUGCCUCGCUAUAUGAUACCCUCUGUUAUCAUGCAAGUGGAGCGCUUGCCGACAACAUUGAACGGCAAAGUAGACCGGAACGCCCUUGAAGACAUUGCAUUAUCAGGACCCAGUCUCGAAUCUGCAGACAGUGAGGAGCCAUCUUUGACCAUGGCCGAAGGAGAACUGCGACUACUCUGGCUUGAUGUCCUGGGCGAGGCCGCGGGGGCCAGCCGCAUCGUGGCUGGUACUGACUUCUUCAUGGUAGGCGGAAGCUCCCUGCUCCUGGUCCGCUUACAGAAUGCUCUGAGCGAGAAAAUGGGCGUUCGCAUCCCGCUUCACGAGUUGUAUCAAAACAGCACGCUACGCUCAAUGGCCGUGGCAGCUAGCGAGCAACGAGGCCGGGUCGUUGCCGACACGGUUGACUGGACCGGCGAGACGAGCAUUCCCGCACAUAUCGUCGACGAGAUUCCCCAAGACGCAGUAUCUCCUGCUCCACGAGGAGCUGAACGUCAUGUGCUACUGACCGGAGCAACAGGGUUUCUGGGCUCUGAGAUUCUAAAGGCCUUGCUCGCCGAUGCCAGUGUCGCAAUGGUCCACUGCGUUGCGGUGCCGGCUGAUAAACAACACAACAUCUCUUCCGCCGCAAGAGUCAAGAUUUACAACGGCAGCCUGACCAGCCCUACACUCGGCCUUUCCCAACUUGAGCUCUCACAGUUGCAACCCCUGAUCGACCAGAUAAUCCAUGCCGGCUCACAAGGGCACUGUCUGAACAACUACUCGACCGUGCGAACAGCAAACUACAUCUCCACCCAGUUCCUCACCCGCCUCGCCCUCCCGCGCCGCGUGCCGUUACACUUCGUAUCAUCACCCCGCGUCAUCCUCCUCUCCCAGUCCGUAGAGUCGCCCCCGGCCUCCAUGGCCGCGCACCCGCCGCCCCGGGACGGCUCCCAGGGCUUCACCGCCUCCAAGUGGGCCAGCGAGUGCUUCCUCGAGGCCGUCUCGCGCCGCGCCCGCGACCUCCCCGUCGUCGUGCACCGGCCGUGCUCCGUCGUGGGAUCGCUGGCGCCCGCCGACGACGCCCUGAACGCGGUGGUGCGCUACUCGCGCCUGGGCCGCCGCGUGCCGGACGUGCCGGGCGCCGAGGGCUUCUUCGACUUCAGGGACGCGGCGGAGGUGGCGGCCGAGAUUGUUGGGGGACCUGUGUAUCCCUCGACCCCGGAAGGCGACAUGGCUGGCACCGCUGGUCGCACUCAGUGCCUGCUGUCGUUCCGCCACUACAGCUCUGGUGUCAAGGUCCCAUUUUGUGAUUUGGGGAGCCGGAUGGAGGCGCUCUACGGGGGCAGUUUCGAGACGGUUCCCAUGGCGGAAUGGAUCGAUACUGCAGCUCGACUUGGUAUUGAGAGCGUGAUUGUGAGCUACCUGAAGGCGAACAUGGCUGGGACGGCGAGGCUUACGUUCCCUUACAUGGGGGCAUCGUGA